UGGCUGUGUGUCUCGCGGAGCCUCGUGCUGGUUUGGGUUGAUUUUCUAGCUCGAGCUCUCGUUCUGUAACAGAAGCCCCCCCCCCUCCAACACACACACACACACACAUACACACACACAGAGUCACUCACUAGUGUCGGUGAAAACCAUUCUCCCUGGCUCUGUAUUUAUAUAUCCUUUCCACAAACUUUCCCCUCUCUGUUUUAACUUUAACCGGAGUCGCGGUGGAUUUUACCGGAUACCGGGUCGGUCCGGUGGCUGGAGGAGGGGCAACACAAGAGGGGGGGAAUGAACCGGGACGACGGGUACGUUGUUAUAUAAAUAUAACCGUAUUUAUAUAUUCAAUGGUUAUUCGUAUAGUCUGUGAGUGAGUCGCCGUGCUGAGAGAGGAGACCGAGAGAGGAGGAGAGAGAGAAGGAGAGAGAGAGGAGAGGGAUAUUAUUAUCAUGGCCGCUCAGGUCGCCAGCGCCAACACUCUCAACACUAGCCCGCCAUCCGAACUCAAAAAGCCGGAUCGGGACCCACAGGAGGAGCCGUCGGUACCGGGAGAGAAACAGCAUGAAAAUAAGGAACCGGGACCUGACGGCGGAUCUCCUGGGCAGAAGGAGCUGCAGCAGCAGGACGGGAGCGAUGCUGGUACUGGUGGAGGUGGAGGAGCAGGAGGAGGAGGAGGAGGAGGAGGAGGGGAUCCGGACAUGAAGAACGGCAACGGGAAUCUGCCCCGGGUAAAUAAUAAUAACCAGAAUGAUUCCGGCGGGCCCGAGGGGAAUAACCAUCCCGGGAUGGGACACCACCACCCGGGCCCCUUUCCUCCACCUCCUUACGGCUACAACCAGCACUACAGCCGGGCCCCUUUUCAUCAACAUGGCGGACAACAAAGCCCUGGCAUGGCAGCAGCAGCUGCAUCGGGGCCGGGCAUGAUGGACCCGUACCCGGCUAACUCACACGAACACGGCUACCCGAACCAUUACAACAACUACAGCCCUUUCCAGAACAGGACUUCUUAUCAGGGCCAAGGCGGAUACGGGGCCAUGAAUAGCCCGCGUAACAACAACCAGCAGCAGCAGCAGCAGCAGCAGCCUCCGGCGGCUGGGGGGCAGCCAGGCAAGCAACAGCCAGCAGGAGGAACCACAGCCAUGGCUGCUGCUGCUGCCUCGUACAAUAAUCAGAGGUAUAACAUGGGGAACCAACAGCCUACGUCUACGCCAACUUUAAAUCAGCUUUUGACAUCCCCCAGCUCGGCCAGGAGCUACCCGAACUACCCCCAACAACAAGGAGACUAUAACAAUCAGGAAGGGCCCAGCAGCAAGUUGCCAGGAGACAUGGGCAGCAGCAGUCAGUAUGGUGGGGUCCAUCCGGGUUGGCAGCAACAAAGGACCCACCAUCCGCCUCCCAUGAGCCCGGGAAACACUGGACAGCCUCCCAACAGGAAUCAGCCUCCAAGCCCAAUGGACCAGGUGGGGAAGAUGCGUGGCCAGCCAUAUGGAGGACCCAACCCCUACACCCAGCCGCAGCAAGGCCCUCCAACAGGGCCUGGACCCCAGCAGGGAGGCUCUUACCCAGGGCAGGGCUACGGACCUCCGGGCCCUCAGAGGUAUCCGAUGGGGAUGCAGAACCGAACACCUGGCGCUAUGGGCGGCAUACAGUAUGGACAGCAGAUGACAGCGUAUGGCCAACAGGGGCCUGGUGGCUACAGCCAGCAGAGCCAGGGCUAUUACGGUCAGCACGGCACCCCCCCUCACGCUGGCCAGCAGCAGCAGCAGCCUCCGUACGCUGGUCAACCCCAGGGCAGCUCUGGAGCUCCCUACCCCCAGCAGGGCCACCCUUCGCAGCCUUCCGGCCAACACGGGCAGCCUGGAGCCCCCUACCAACAAUCCCAAGGUCCCCACGGCCCUCCUGCAGGUCAGCCCCCAUAUAGCCAGCCCCCGCAGUCCCAGCCAGGACAGCCACCCUACGUCUCUCCCCAGCAGCAGCCUCAACAGCAGCAGGGACCAGGUCCCCAAAGUCAGCAGGGCCCUCAGGGCCAGCCUGGCUACCAACAACCCCCCGGACAAGGGCAGCCACUGCAGCAGCAAACCCCGCCGCAGCAGCAGCAAGGGCCCCCACAACAACAACAAACACCACAACAACAACAACAACAACUGCAACAACAACAACAACAGCAACAACAACAACAACAGCAGCAGCAACAGCAGCAGCAGCAGCAACAACAACAGCAGCAGCAACAACAACAACAACAGCAACAACAACAACAACAACAACAACAACAGCAGCAGCAGCAGCAGCAACAACAGCAACAACCAGGAGGACCAUCUCCUCAAGCCCAGCAGCCUCCAGGUCAUGGCCAGCAGGGUCAGCCAUCACCUUACUCCCAGACGCCCCCCUUGCAGCAACCGCCCCAACAACAGCAACAGUCACCAUAUCAGAGGUUCCCACCUCCUCCACAGGAACUCUCCCAGGAUUCCUUCAGCUCCCAGUCCAGCGCUCCUCCUUCCAACCAGCCCAUGACUUCCAACAAGAGCAGUCAAGAAGACAGCAUGCAGACCCGGCCGUCCAGUCUGCCGCGCUCGCCUCUCUGUCCUAAGCCCUUCCCACCAGACGAGCUCAGGCAUAUGCAAGCGCUUCAUAAGGAUCUUUCGGGCUCCAUCGACGACCUGCCCACCGGUACGGAGGGGGCCCUGAGCCCGGGCGUCAGCACCUCAGGGGUAUCCAGCAGUCAGGGCGAGCAGAGCAACCCCGCCCAGUCGCCCUUCUCUCCGCACACUUCGCCCCACCUGCCGGGCAUACGCGGGCCCUCGCCAUCACCUGUGGGUUCCCCCGCCAGCGUCACCCCCUCCCGCACCGGCCCUCUGUCCCCUGCUGCUGUGCCAGGUAAUCAGAUGCCUCCCCGGCCGCCCAGCGUCCAGUCAGAUACCAUCAUGCACUCUUCCAUGAACCAGUCAGCCAUGGGCCAGGACAGGGUGUACAUGCGUAACCCUCAGAUUCCUUACGGGUCCCCUGGACAACCUGGCUCCGCCUUAUCUCCACGCCAGUCUUCGGGAGGCCAGAUGCAUACUGGGAUGGGACCAUAUCCCCAGAACAACUCGAUGGGGAACUACGGGCCUCAGGGGGCCCAGUACGGUCCACAAGGUUACCCCCGGCAGCCUGGCUACACAGGGAUGCCCAAUGCCAACUACCCCACAGGUCCCGGCAUGAGCGGCUCCAUGAACCCCAUGCCCGGUCAGGGCAGCGGGGCUCCGUAUGGAAACAUCCCGCCCGGCAGGAUAGGCCCGGGGCAGAUGGGUGCACGGCCCUUUGGUCCUGCGAUGGUCGCCGCGAACAUGGCCGGCAUGCCUCCUCAGGUGGCGUCCGGGAUGUGUCCCCCUCCAGUCAUGACCAGGAAGGACGGCGUCCCCGCCAUGCACCAUGGACCCACAAACUCCGUACACAACAGGCCACCUGGCUACCCUAACAUGUCCCAGGGCAUGAUGGGAACUGGCUCUCCAUACGGCCCUGGCAUGAACAGCAUGCACGGUAUGAUGAACCAGGGAGGGCCGGGGCCGGGGCCGUACCCAAUGGCAGCCAACAUUGCCAACAACACUCCUGGAAUGGCUCCCACCACGGAGUUUGGCAUGGAAAAAAUGAACCCCACCCAGAAGAUAAACAACAAAGUGGAGGGGACUCCCAAGCCUGAAUCCAAAAAGAAGUCGAGCUCUUCCACCAUCACUAACGAGAAGAUCACUCGUCUGUACGAGCUGGGCCCGGAGCCAGAGAGGAAGAUGUGGGUGGAUCGAUUCCUGGCCUUCGCUGAGGAGAAGGCCAUGGGCAUGAACAACCUGCCCGCAGUGGGACGCAAGCCUCUCGAUCUCUUCAGGCUCUACGUGUCCGUCAAAGAGAUCGGUGGCCUUACCCAGGUGAACAAGAACAAGAAGUGGAGGGAGCUGGCCACCAACCUGAACGUGGGCACGUCGAGCAGCGCGGCCAGUUCGCUCAAGAAACAGUACAUCCAGUGUUUGUACGCCUUCGAGUGCAAGAUCGAGCGCGGCGAGGACCCGCCCCCGGACUUCUUCAACACGGACACCAAAAAGAACCAGCCGAAGAUCCAGCCUCCCAGCCCAGCUGGAUCUGGAUCCCUGCAAGGACCCCAGACCCCUCAGUCCACCAGUAGUUCGAUGGCAGAGGGGGGAGACCUGAAGCCCCCCACCCCAGCCUCCACCCCGCACACGCAAAUGCCUCCAAUGCCUGGCGUCAGGAGUAGCGUUAAUCUGCAGGACCCCUUUGCCGACGGCGGAGACCCAGCGUUUUCCAGAAGGAACGCCCUGACUCCCAACUCGCAGGGCUACCAGCCUGGGAUGGGCGGCCCGGAGAUGAUCGCUCGAAUGGGUCCCUACGAGUCCAAACAGGACCCCUUCGGUGGCAUGAGGAAAGCUGGAGAGCAGUUCAUGCAACCGGGCCCCAACAGCGGGAUGGGAGAACAGUAUAACCGAGGUCCACCAGGUCCUAUGGGCAACAUGCAGAUGGGCCAGAGGCAACAGUACCCUUAUGGAUAUGACAGGAGACCGGAGCCGGGCAUGGGCCCUGACGGCAGCAUGGGACCAGGAGCUCCUCAGCCCAACAUGAUGCCUUCAGGAGCCGACACGGGGAUGUACUCGCCCAGCCGCCCUCCACCGCAGCAACGGCAUGAAUCCUACACCAAUCAGUACCCUGGCCAAGGAGCUCCCCCUGGUGGCCCAUACCCAAAUCAGCAGCCAGGAAUGUAUCCACAGCAGCAACCGAACUACAAGCGUCCGGUAGACGGAGGGUACGGCCCUCCGGCCAAGCGCCAUGAGGGAGAAAUGUACAACGUCCCCUACAGUGGUCAGCAGCAGCCGGGACCCCAGUCCUCGGGGCCCCAGGGCCAACAGGACAUGUAUAACCAGUAUAAUGCAUACCCCGGAGGGGACCGAAGACCACCAGGCCCACAGAACCAGUUCCCCUUCCCUUUCGGCCGGGACCGAGUACCGCCAUCUGCAGGCCCCAACUCCCAGUCUCCAAUGCCUCCCCAGAUGAUGGCGAGCGCCAUGCCUUCGGGUCCCGAUGGACCCCAGGGCCCAAUGUGGCAGGGCCGCAACGAGAUGGGCUACCCCAACUAUCCCAACCGACAGGGACCUCCCGUACCGGGCCAGGGCCCCGGCUACCACGGCAUGAACCGCUCCGAGGAGAUGAUGCCAUCGGACCAGCGCAUGAACCACGAGGGCCAGUGGCCCGGCCACGUCAACCAGCGGCAGCCGCCGUUCGGCCCCGGCGGUUCUGGACCUCCCAUGACCAGACCCCUGCCAUCCACCUACCAGACCUCCCAGAACCACAUUCCUCAGGUGUCGAGCCCGACACCGAUGGCCCGGCCCAUGGAGAGCAGGACGUCGCCAAGCAAGUCCCCCUACAUGCAUCCGGGCAUCAAGGUGCAGAAAGCUGGACCGCCGGUACCGGCCUCCCACAUUGGCCAGGCCCCUGUGCAGCAACCCAUGAUCAGGCGAGAUGUGGCCUUCCCUCCUGGCUCUGUGGAGGCCUCCCAACCCCAUCUGAAGCCACGCAGGCGGCUCACCGUGAAAGAAAUUGGAACCCCUGAGGCUUGGAGAGUGAUGAUGUCACUAAAGUCAGGCUUACUAGCUGAAAGCACCUGGGCCUUGGACACCAUUAACAUUUUACUGUAUGACGACAAUAGCAUUUCUACUUUUAACUUAUGCCAGCUGCCUGGAUUCCUGGAGCUGGUGGUGGAGUACUUCAGACGCUGCCUCAUCGAGAUCUUUGGCAUCUUAAAGGAGUACGAAGUAGGAGACCCCGGCCAGCGCACCCUCAUAGACCCCAACGCUGCUGAGGAUAUCGAGGAUGAAAUCCCCAUGCCUGAGGGCGAGGGCAUGGACGUGGACGAAGAGGACGAGGAGGAUGAGGAGGUAGAGGAGACGAAGGCCAAUCCCGACGCCCCUCCACUCGUCCAGGUGAAACAGGAGGAGGACGGCUCACACAAACACACGUCUUCAGAGGACGAGGAAGAGGAGAAGGAAAGGGAGUCUUCUAUCAAGGAACCCUCUACCUCAGGGUCCUCCCAGGACCCCAACCUCCACUCGGAGAAGCCCAAGCAGGCUAGUAAGUUCGAUAAACUCCCCAUCAAGGUGGUGAGGAAGAAGAAUCCUUUCCUGUUGAACCACUCGUCCAAGCUCGGUCAGCGGCAGAGCUUCGAUAGCGGCCUGACACACUGGAGCAUCGGCGGCGGCGACACUACCGAACACAUCCAGACCCACUUUGAGAGCCGGAUGGACCUUCUCAAGCAGCGGAAACGCAAGCCGACCGCCACCGAGAGCCGCAAGAAGGUCCAGGCGACCGAGACUGUGACGGAAAACUCGGAGAAAUCCAAGUCCAACGGGGAGGAGAAGCCUCGGCAGCAGUCCUCUGAACCUCAGAAGUCUCCGCCGGAGAAGGCCCCUCCUCCUCUUCCCAUCGGCGCACCAGUCACUGCCACCAUCGACGACGUGCUAUCCGCCCGCCCGGGGUCGGUCACGGAGGAAGUGGUCCGCGGCGGCGCGGAAGAGCAGAAAGAGAACGGCAAGUACCUGUUCAGCAUAAACCCCGACCUCCAGAGCAGACGCAACAUCAAGAUCCUGGAGGACGAGCCUCACAGCAAGGACGAAACGCCGCUCAGCACUCUGUCGGACUGGCAGGACUCGCUAGCCCGGCGCUGCAUCUGCGUCUCCAACAUCGUGCGCAGCCUCUCCUUCGUUCCCGGGAACGACCUGGAGAUGUCGAAACACCCGGGCCUCCUGCUGCUGUUGGGCCGCCUGGUGCUGCUCCACCACAGGCACCCCGAACGCAAGCAGGCCCCCGUCACCUACGAGAAGGAGGAGGAGGAGGACGAAGGCGUGAGCUGCGAGAGAGACGAGUGGUGGUGGGACUGCCUCGAGGUGUUACGGGAGAACUGCCUGGUCACUCUGGCGAACAUCUCAGGCCAGCUGGACCUUUCUAUCUAUCCAGAGAGUAUAUGCCUGCCGCUGCUGGAUGGCCUGCUCCACUGGGCCGUCUGCCCGUCAGCGGAGGCCCUGGACCCUUUCCCCACGCUGGGGCCCCACGGCUCACUUUCCCCCCAGAGACUGGUCCUCGAGACCCUCAGCAAGCUCAGCAUCCAGGACAACAACGUCGACCUCAUUCUGGCAACGCCGCCGUUCAGCCGCUUGGAGAAGCUGUACGGCUCGCUGGUGCGCUUGGUCGGCGAACGCAAGGUGGCCGUUUGCCGAGAAAUGGCGGUCGUCCUGUUGGCCAACUUGGCCCAGGGCGACAGCCUAGCGGCGCGGUCCAUCGCCGUGCAGAAAGGCAGCGUGGGUAACCUGCUGGGCUUCCUGGAGGACAGCCUAGCUGCCACGCAGUACCAGCAGAGCCAGAGCUCCCUGCUACAGAUGCAGGGGGGACCUCAGUUUGAGCCCACCAGCGUGGACAUGAUGCGGCGGGCGGCCCGCGCCCUGCACGCCCUGGCGAAGGUGGAGGAAAACCACUCCGAGUUCACUUUGUACGAGUCGCGGCUACUGGACAUCUCGGUGUCCCCACUUAUGAACUCUCUGGUGUCCCAGGUGAUCUGUGACGUACUCUUUCUGAUCGGCCAGUCAUGACAGCCGUGGGGAGGUUUCAGCUCCGCCUCUUUCCGUUCCCCGUCACCCUCCCCUCUUUUUUUUUUUUGUGUGCGUGUGUCUGUUGCGUGUGAGUGAAAAAGAGCAAAAACUGACUGUCCUUUUUUUUUUUUUAUUUAUGCAAAAUCACCUCGGAUUCCACUGUCUUUCUACCCCUGCUUCUCACUAAAGGAAGGAAUAUCAUGAAGUAGCCGUGGAUUUUAAAAACGUCUGAAAUUGGAAAGAUACUGACAGAAGAGCAGAUUGGGACCCAGGCAUAGGACAGAGUGCGCUGCCGCCCUGCGGAAAAAGGACUUGUUUUUUAAUGAAAAGAAAAAAAAUCUCCAGAAAAAAAAAAGAAGAAACUGUAACCAAAGUUGCUGUCUCGUUUACAGUGAGUUUGGGGGAUACAUGUGCUCGCUUUCUCCCCAGGGGGGGGUCGGCAGGGGGACGAGGGGCACGGACUAAACAAUAUUAUGGUUCAUGUUUGGAGGCUACAUAGACUCACGGACUGUGGUGUGGUAUAAUUGCUGUAACUUUGGAUGCUAUAUACUCAGCCCCACAGGAACCACAUUAUUGGCUGUGAACAGACAUCUGUCAUGGGAGGCCUGUGCAGUAGAUUGUAGGACUUUUUUUCUGUACUGUACACCUUAAAAACUGUAAACAUACUGUAAUAAUACUGUUUCACACUGAGAUACGCUGGCUUGGCAGCAAACUGUAGUUUUUAAAAACAGUUUUAGUUAAUGUCGAGAGAGAAAACGGCUUUCCCCCCAAAGUAUGGUGAACCUACAACACCCCGACCUCUUCUCUUUGUCCCUUGAUUGUAUGACUUGACCCUUAUAUUAAAAAGUCACCUCUUUAGGACUGGUCCUCAACUCUAGAUGCAGUCCAAGCUGCAGUGUAUAUAUGAUGUUGUACAUUACACUUCUCUCUCUCUUUCUCAAACUUCUGUUGCUCUUCACCAUUUUUAAUCUUUGACGAUUACAAGUCCCCCCCCCCCCUCCCCCGCCCCGCAUCAAGUACGCCAUGUGAUUACUUGACGCCCCCCCCUACCCACCCUCCCUUUACCCUCUCCGUUACUUAGGCGCCUCACCCUGCUCGUAUCGCGCUCCUGGGGGUGUUUAGCUGCUGUCCAACGCCACCCCCAACAAACACAACUUCAAGUUUCAGUUUGUCUCCGGUCUGGGUGUAGAGAAUAUAACAAAAAUCAUGUCUGCGGUUCCAUUUGAGCUCCUUCAUAAAAUGACAAACUAGACCUUUGAUGAAGAAAACCAUUUUAAUUUUGUUUAUUUUGUUUAUUUUUUUGUUUUUUUUUCCAGUGAUGCGGAUUCUGCAUAUUUGUAUUUCAGAUGAUGUAGCUAAAAACUUGAUGUAAAUUCCUCUUUUUUUCCUUUUUUUGGCUUAAUGAAUAUCAUUUAUUCAGUAUGAAAUCUUUAUACUAUAUGUUCCACGUGUUAAGAAUAAAUGUACAUUAAAUCUUCGUAAGACGUUUGCUGUGGAUUUAUUUAUGAUUGGCCUCGUACGUGGUCGAGGCGGCAGUAAAUAAAGUCCUGAAUUUUUUUCA